CUUCCGUCGCGGAGCAUGUUGCGUUUCCACUUGACAUAAUAGUAACUUCUUUCUCGUGUAUAAAAGCUUUAUUUUGCUUUUGUUAAAGCGUUUAUUGUGAUCUUAGCUGUUGGAAACUAAUCAGACUUACACAAGAUGCCGAAAAAUAAGGGAAAGGGAGGUAAAAACAGGAGGAGAGGGAAGAAUGAAAAUGAAAACGAAAAAAGAGAGCUGGUGUUUAAAGAAGAUGGUCAAGAAUAUGCACAAGUGACAAAGAUGUUGGGCAAUGGGAGAUUGGAGGCCAUGUGUUUUGAUGGUGCCAAGAGGUUAUGUCACAUCCGAGGAAAGCUACGAAAGAAGGUAUGGAUAAACACUGGUGAUAUAAUCUUACUUGGAUUGAGAGAUUAUCAGGACUCCAAAGCUGAUGUCAUUCUGAAGUACACACCAGAUGAAGCCAGAAACUUAAAGGCAUAUGGAGAAUUGCCAGAAUCUGCAAAGAUCAAUGAGAACAUUGGUGAAGAUGAAAUGGAAGACCUGAACAUUACCUUUGAUGAAUUUGAUGGAGAUGAUGAAGAAAUUGAUGGUAUUUGAUAUUGGUAGCCUGAGGAUAACAUUAUUUGAAGUCAGAUGUAAAUGUAUCUCCUGAUGUGAACAUGUACAGACCAAACUGUGUGCUGAGAAAGACUUUAACGACCUCUUUGUGCAUACUCAAUAUUACUUUUGGUAGACGACAGUGUGGAUGCAACAGACUUUCAAAACGAUGUCCUCUCUGUGCCGGUAAUAUCGUGGUUGGAUGGUUAUACAGUCAGGAUGAAAUAGUGUAUGUGUAACUAAGAAGGAUGUUCUUGAUGGAAAACUUUUCUAUGCUGUUUAUAUAUGUAAUUAAUGGUUUGAAGAUAACAAGGAUGGGUAAGUGAAUUAAAACAAGGGCGGGGGUGGGGGGUCAGUGUCAGUCAAUAACAAAUUGAUUGUCUGUGGUACGUAUAAUAGUCUGUGAAUGUUUCAAUUCAAGAAAGAUACUGGCUAUUGUAGACGAAUAUAGAGUGGGUGUAAAUUGAACCAGUAUAUACUUGAUAAUGUAAGGAUAUCAAAAAAAUUGACAAAAGUCAGGUGUUUUUCUGCUAGAUUUUGGAUCUUUAAUAUAUUUAACGUUGGAUUACCAGUAGAGAAAUGUUUAUGGAAAUGGCUCAAAAAUACCUAUUUAUAGAAAUUCAUCCGAUUUAAGACCUAAAAAACAGUAGCUGAAAUAACACUGACAAUGUGUAUUGGAAAUGGCCAGGCUUGACUAUCUGUCAUAUUUAGAACAGGAUUCCAGGAGGAGUUCACACAAGUCUAAUGUGUAUGCAAGAAAUUAAAUAUGGAGAAGUGCUUCAGGAAAAUGUCAGCAUUAGGGCCAUAGGAAAUAGCUUGAUUAAAAAAAUAUUUUACCCCUAGCCAACAAAGCUUAUCAGUUGUGUUGAAGAUAAAAUGCAGACACAAAGUGCUUUCAGGCAAAGUCAACACUAAAUAUAGAUUUGCUAAAAAAAUCACUGAUUAAAUUGUGGAUACAUUGUGAAAAUCUACAGCAUUGAGAGCAGAAAGCACUUGAUGUGUACUCUGCAGUAUUUAAGGUAACUCUAUUGAUUGACCGUUCUGUGCCAAUCACUGUCAUUUCUGUUAUAGGUUAUGCUGAAUCUGUUGACUCUCUGUCUUUUAGACUCUCACUCUCUGUCAUCAAGACUUUUGGGGCAUUUAGUGCUGUGACAUGAAGUAAAAUAUACAUGUAUUUGCAGUCUAAAAAUUAUGUUGGUCAAAUGUUGACUGCACAAGUUUUAAGAAAUCUGAGAUCAAAAUGACCGAAAUAUUACAAUUGUUCAAGAUCAUCAUAUGGUGAAGAAUGAGAUAUUGUAAAUUUUGAAAUCUUACAUUUGAAACUUAGACGUUCCACUUAACUAUCCGCUACAUUUAAUCGAUAUUGUGCUUUUGGUUCUCAUUAUGCAGCAUAUUGGUGUUUCAGGAGAAGAAAGUAAUAUUUGAGUCAAGAAAAUUUGCCCUGGAGUGUGAUAAAAACCUUGAACUAUAGAGCUACAUUUGAGUGUAUACAGUAGUUGUCCUUUCGGCUCUAUCCAGCAUAAACCUACUGUAAUUAAGAAAUCUAUAAAUCUGACUUUCUUAAUUAUUUUCAAAUGAAUUCACCUGAAUAACAACUGCAUGGACUGUAUUUGAAGGCCGCCUCUUGUUUGCUAACAUUCAUUUUAUCUGUCAUCUAUUAAGUAGAAAUACACGUGUCUUCGGUCAAUUCUUGUUCAGAAUAUUUUUUUUCUUUACAUAGACAUAUAGGGAUUUAAGGUAAUAAAAUCCUCAGUUGUAACGCAUUGGUUACUUUCUGAAUAGUAAA